CAUAUAGCUGGAACACUGCUGAGUGCGGCGUUAACCAACAACCAACCCUACCUGAAAAGUCCAUUUUGUCGUAAACUUUCAUUUCUUCACAGAAGUUAUUACUGUUUAUUCGUGUGACUCGAGACACCCAGGCAAACAAACCCUCCGUUUCAAGGACCUUCGCUACAGAGCUCUUCACACUCCCCACCGAACCCAGAGUAUCGGGUUUCUGGCAAAGCACACACAGAGCUCGCUCACAGCUUAAUUGUAUGUGAAUAAUGAACAAUGCAAAAUUUGUUUUCAUUUUCGCGUCAUGUUUCAGCGUUAUUUACAAUUGAACCCACGUCAUACCAGGUUACACAGAGUGGCUUCCUUCAGUGCGGAUGUUACGAGCCUCGGAGCUGUUGAACAUACCGUGUCGUACAGAAUGGCUACUGCAGGUAACACAUCAUCAAAGGGAGGUAAGAAUGUGCUGAUUGUGUACGCUCACCCCAAACCUGAAUCGUUCAAUGGCGCCCUCCUGCGAAAGGCUGUCGAAGUGCUGUCGUCAAAAGGCCACAACGUCGUCGUGUCCGACCUGUACAAGAUGAACUUUGAUCCACUGGUUCGACUUGAAGAUUUUUCAGUUUCAGAUUCAGGUCCAUCUGAUGUAAGCAGGGAUGUCCAGGAGGAGGUGGACAAGGUGGAGCGGGCGGACCUGGUCGUGUUCCAGUUCCCUCUGUAUUGGAGCUCAUUUCCUGCCAUACUGAAGGGUUGGAUGGACAGGGUCAUCCAGGUCAUUUCGGGGUUCGUCCGCAAAACAGGAUUCUACGAAGAAGGUGAUUUGAGGGUAAGGGGUAAAAGGGCGCUACUGUCCUUUACUACCGGAGCUCCGAGCAUACCCGUUGAGUCCCUGGAAGCCAUGCUCUUACCAAUGCAGGUUGGGCCUUUGAACAUGGUCGGAUUCGACGUCCUGACCCCUCAGGUUUCACUUGGUGUCGAGAAUGGGACGGAGGAGAAGCUGAAGGAAUAUCUAGCUGACUGGGCUGGGCGUUUGUCCACUGUGUUUGAAGAACCGACGCCUGAGAUGCUGACUGUUGACACAUGGGCUAAAAAGCAUUCUGUCGUGAGUGAGUGAGUGAGUGCGUGAGUGAGUGAGUGAGACGUGCCAUGCCAGACGUGCACCUAUAUUGAAAUUAGAAUAAUGGAUGCAUUAGUUUUUAAACAUAUUGCCUAGGCAACUAAUAUAUCAUUAGAAAGCCAUAGAAAAGACACAAGGUGCCAUGUGGCGGUCCCAAACGAGCUUGAACUUUUCCUUUGAGAAAUCAGAUGGUUAUCAGUACUUGGCGUCCUGCGUCCUGGGUGAGUGUGUGAGUGUGUGAGUGUGUGAGUGAGUGAGUUUGUGAGUGAGUGAGUGAGUGAGUGAGUGAGUGAGUGAGACGUGCCAUGCCAGACGUGCACCUAUAUUGAAAUUAGAAUAAUGGAUGCAUUAGUUUUUAAACAUAUUGCCUAGGCAACUAAUAUAUCAUUAGAAAGCCAUAGAAAAGACACAAGGUGCCAUGUGGCAGUCCCAAACGAGCUUGAACUUUUCCUUUGAGAAAUCAGAUGGUUAUCAGUACUUGGCGUCCUGCGUCCUGGGUGAGUUGUGUGAGUGAGUGAGUUUGUGAGUGAGUGAGUGAGGUCUUGGGAUUUCAAGCCCACGACUUCAGGUCUUUAGCAUAUCUGUAAGUCUAUAUCACCAUAUUAUCAAAUCUGAAGCAAAUGCAAAUACAGCCUAAGAAUUAAGAGUGUCGUUUCACUUUGAAUGCGGUGUAGAUGACCAAUCAACGUUUACUGUGAAUAUUUCAAUUUGUCAACAUUUGGAACUCCCUGAAAAUAAAUGUAAACUUUCCAA